AUCGACAACCGACUUGACGUCGGGCUUCUGUGGUCCAGAACAAAGGGGUUGUGCAGCUCAGGUCUGCCCUAUAAGACAAUACCUCGAACCUUUGCCCACCGUUUCAACCUUUUGGACACCGUAUACCGCUUUCGAGCCACAGACCCUUCAGCAUGUCGACACCUACCUCGCGCUGGUCCGCACGUGGGACCUCACAAACGCCGUCGACGCCGAACUCUACCCCAAACUCGCUCCGUGUUGAGCCCCAGAGCGAAUACCUGCGGCACGCACUCGAUGUCAGGAGGGCUAAGCAAGCACCUGCCACUCCAACCUCCACCGAAACCAAGUCUCCACAAUCGGCAACUCUCAAGAACGCGCAUUCUGAUCCGUGGCUUGACCAGGCACACGUUGAACCAGAGAUUCCGCAAUCGGCGCCAAUCCGUCGGCCUCGAAGGCCUAGCGAGGGCGCACUGCCGCGCAUGCGUACACAGCGUGAACUACAGGCCGACACAGAUGCUAUGAAGGAUGCGCUGUUCAGUCUGAAUAUGAAGCUAGAGCUCAUAAGGAAGCAGAACAAUGACUUGAAAGAUCAGAUAGAGGAAGCCAACAGCCGCAUUGAAGAGCUAGAGCCGUUAGAGGAAGAGAAUAUCGAGCUACGCGAAGUAAACAACCGCCUCACGCUUAAGAUGCAGGAAAUGAGCGACGAUAUCAUCGAGCUGAAGGACCAGAACAAGGAUAUACUUCAGAUCCAGGACGAGACGGUGGCGGAGAUAGAGAAGCGCAACGCUGCGCUGCAAGAGGCGGCUGAUAUGAUCAUCCGAUUAGAAGCCGAGAAGGCGACCCUGGCACAAGAGAACUCGCAGUUGAAAGGGCAGGUUUCGGGCUUCCAGGAUCAAUCUCCCGCCGGGGGUUAUGCUGGCACCGAUGGGAGCUCAGGGGGGCGGUAUCCGUCGCGCGUCUAUAGCAUCGACGAAUCGAGGCCGUCGACCAGCCACUUCGACUCCGACUACUAUAGCCAGCCUGGUUCUCCUCAAGUCCGAACGACCAGCAAGGAGUCACUUCCCUCCUUAGCGUUCUCCGAGCGCGCGAAGAACUUCCUAGCCAUGAACAAGGAGGGCGUUCGAUCGGUCCAGGAUCUCAAGAAGCGUGCCUCGGAUGCCUCGAUGAAGAAGAUGAAACCAAAGUCGUCUAUCCCAGAGGUACCGCAAAUCCCAGAUCAGUACCAGGAGGCCCAGCAGGUUCCCAAGAACAUCAGACGAACACCAAAGCGACAUAGGAAUACAAAUCCCGUGCCCAAUGCCCUGCUCGCGGAGUCGGACUCGGCAAUGAAUGCUAGCACCUCCAUGUACCCUCCGAGCGUGCAGCAAGGCCUUCGAGGUAUGUUCCGCGAUAACCUGACGCUGAACACGUCACCGCGCGACAUACGACCUUCCUCCAGCUACGCCAACAGCCCUCUCGUUGGUAGAGGCUCCCUCGGUUCCCGCGCCUCCCUCCCCGAAGCCGACCGUCCCACGCCCCCGAACCGCGGAAGCAGCCGCCACGCCUACACGUCCAGCUCCAACGAGCAUCUCAAGAAAGACUCCGCGUCCGAUCUGCACACGGAAACCGCGACGGAGACAUCAGAGUGGGCCGAGUUGCCCCCUCCCCCGUCUGUCGUGUCUGAAGAUCUGACCACAGAGCUAGACUUUGAUCGGCGCGACGGGUGGUGGAAGGGCGUGGCGAAGCUGCACAACAACGGGCGGGGGAGGGAUUUUCUCCUUUCCGAUACGGGGACUGAGAUCAGCUUGGCGGGGACUGCCGCUCGGACGGCGCUGGGAGCGCCGUAUGGAGAGAAGGAUUUCUUUUUCAAUGGCGCCGAGGAUGAGGAGCAGUUUAUGAGGAGGGUGCAUGGGUAUAGGCUGGGGAGGAGGGAGCGCUGAGCGUUACUUUUGGGGUCUUCCUUUUUCUGCGUUGCUGUCCUUGAGGGUCUUCUUGUACGGUUCGAUAUCCCGGGUGGUUUGGAUCUGGGUGUGGCUUUGGCUUCGGCGUUUCUGAGAGAUUUUACUCCCUCCGCGAGGAGGUAAUCCUGGGAUACCAUUGGGAUGGGGCGGCUAAUUCCUCCUGCAGGCGCAGACGGGCAUGCUCGCUAUCGAAGCGGCAUUGUACUAGUACUCAUUGAUACAAAAUGCAAAUCAAAAGUUUUCGAGCAGAAAGCUAGG